GGCUCCGGACUCGCAGAAGCCGAGCGCGCUGGCAUGGCCUCCAACUUUAACGACAUAGUCAAGCAGGGCUACGUGAAAAUCCGCAGCAGGAAGCUGGGGAUUUUCAGACGAUGUUGGUUGGUGUUCAAGAAGGCUUCUAGUAAAGGACCCAGAAGGCUAGAAAAAUUUCCAGAUGAAAAGGCAGCAUAUUUCAGAAACUUCCAUAAGGUAACUGAACUGCACAACAUCAAAAAUAUAACCAGACUGCCCCGAGAGACCAAGAAGCAUGCCGUGGCAAUUAUCUUUCAUGAUGAAACAUCCAAGACAUUUGCCUGCGAGUCAGAGCUGGAGGCCGAGGAGUGGUGUAAACACCUCUGCGCGGAGUGCCUGGGGACCAGGCUGAAUGACAUCAGCCUUGGGGAACCUGACCUUCUGGCCGCGGGGGUGCAGCGCGAACAGAACGAGCGGUUCAACGUGUACCUGAUGCCCACCCCGAACCUGGACAUUUACGGCGAGUGCACGAUGCAGAUCACUCAUGAGAAUAUCUACCUCUGGGACAUCCACAACGCCAAGGUCAAACUGGUGAUGUGGCCGCUCAGCUCCCUGAGGAGAUAUGGACGGGACUCCACGUGGUUCACCUUUGAGUCAGGAAGAAUGUGUGACACGGGAGAAGGCCUAUUCACUUUUCAAACAAGGGAAGGAGAAAUGAUCUAUCAGAAGGUCCAUUCCGCAACACUGGCCAUAGCUGAGCAACACGAAAGAUUAAUGCUAGAAAUGGAGCAGAAGGCCCGGCUUCAGACAAGCCUGACCGAGCCGAUGACGUUGUCCAAGUCGGUGUCUCUGCCUCGCAGCGCCUACUGGCACCACAUCGCCCGGCAGAACAGCGUCGGCGAGAUCUACAGCUUGCAAGGGCACGGGUUUGGCUCCUCCAAGAUGUCCCGUGCACAGACCUUUCCCAGCUACGCCUCGGAGCAGAGCGAAGAGACUCAGCAGCCCCUGUCCCGGUCCAGCAGCUAUGGAUUCAGCUACAGCUCCAGCCUCAUCCAAUGACACACAGAGAGCCACCACUGACCAGAGAGACAGUCUGUCCUGGACCUGCGUGCGGGCUCAUGGCGCCCUCUGCCUCCUGGAAGACCAAUUGCAGCAGAAGUUGAAAUGGGUCGGGUCUAGCCCCAAACCCCGUGGAAGGUUCAAAACUGGAGUUCCGCAUCCUUGGUUCCGUGGCUAAGUCCUUUAUUUAUUGAAUUUCUUGGGGGGAUACCUAUGUUUUACAAAAAUAGACUCCAAAUCGUUAUGAACAGUCAUUUCAAUAUAAUUCUUUGGGUCUAACCGCAGCAGCGACCUGGGCCUUGUGAACAUUGCC